CUCUUUAUAUGUUCACACUGUGCUCUCAUCAUCCAACAGUACACCCCGUCCUGAGCACAACAACAGUGCCUCCAGGUCUGCAUCCAGGCGUCAAGGCGCGGUGCUGAAAGAGUUAAUCAGAUGUGGAAGAGAGCGCUGAGCUGCCAUGGAUCCACCUUCAGAGAUCUGCGGCGCCUCCUCACACAGCUGACUGGGAAACACAGGUAGUCUGUCCGAAUGGGCUCUCGGCGUGUAUACUUGUUGAUCUCCGGGCGAAACGCUGGUGCGUUAUGCGGAGCAGGAAGCAGGCGGGUGGGCAGUAGAUCGUGCUGAGGAUCUCUCUGCCAUGUCGGAGGCAGAGGAGGGGGAAAUGGAUUGGGUUAGACCCUGGCAAUAGUAAACCAAUAACGGCGUCUCCUUUUUUUUUUUUUUUUAAAUGCUACUGCUUCAUUUUCGGAUUGAUUGUUCACAGCGGUACGUGCUGCUUUGAUUCAGUGCAGGAUGACUCCAACUCACUACGAUACAAUAAUGAAAGAAGACAGGACCAACCGUAGUCCAUAGCCCUGGAUGUUUGCCUGAUUCCUCAACCUAAAGUCAUCAUGGAGAAAUCCUUGGCAGAGUUAAAUAAAGCUGGCUCCCACUCCACAUCAUCGCUGCCACCCGAACCGGUGGACAUCAUUCGCAGCAAGUCAUGUUUCCGCAGAGUCAGGCUGAAUGUUGGGGGUCUCCCACAUGAGGUCUUGUGGCGAACGUUAGACAGGUUACCACGAACACGUUUGGGAAAGUUACGAGACUGCAACACCCACGAAUCUCUGAUGGAAGUGUGUGACGACUACAACCUGGAGGAGAAUGAGUACUUUUUUGACCGACAUCCGGGGGCGUUCACAUCAAUUCUGAACUUCUACCGCACGGGUAAGCUGCACAUGAUGGAAGAAAUGUGCGCCCUGUCGUUCAGUCAAGAACUCGACUACUGGGGCAUCGACGAGAUCUACCUGGAGUCCUGUUGCCAGGCGAGGUACCACCAGAAAAAGGAGCAAAUGAAUGAGGAGCUCAAACGAGAGGCCGACAAUAUGAAGGACAGAGAAGGAGAAGAAUUCGACAACACUUGCUGUGCUGAAAAACGAAAGAAACUUUGGGACCUCCUGGAAAAGCCCAGCUCAUCUGUUGCAGCAAAGAUCCUGGCCAUCAUCUCCAUCCUCUUCAUCGUGCUAUCCACCAUUGCCUUGUCUCUGAACACCCUUCCAGAGCUGCAGGACACUGAUGAGUUUGGCCAGUCAUCAGACAACCCACAACUGGCCCACGUGGAAGCUGUGUGUAUUGCCUGGUUUACCAUGGAGUAUCUGCUUCGCUUUCUCUCCUCACCCAACAAGUGGAAGUUCUUUAAGGGUCCUCUGAAUGUCAUCGACCUGCUGGCCAUCUUGCCCUACUACGUCACCAUCUUCCUGACAGAAUCCAACAAGAGCGUGCUGCAAUUUCAGAAUGUCCGCCGCGUGGUUCAGAUUUUUCGGAUUAUGCGUAUCCUGCGUAUUCUAAAGCUGGCUCGUCACUCGACAGGUCUUCAGUCCCUGGGCUUCACUCUCAGGAGGAGUUACAAUGAGCUGGGCCUGCUAAUUCUUUUCCUGGCCAUGGGCAUCAUGAUCUUCUCCAGUCUGGUGUUCUUUGCUGAGAAGGAUGAGGAGGAUACAAAAUUUAAAAGCAUUCCAGCUUCUUUCUGGUGGGCUACUAUUACUAUGACGACAGUAGGCUACGGAGAUAUCUACCCAAAAACUCUUCUGGGAAAGAUAGUGGGGGGUUUAUGCUGCAUAGCAGGAGUACUAGUGAUCGCCCUACCUAUUCCUAUUAUUGUAAAUAACUUCUCUGAAUUCUACAAGGAGCAGAAGAGGCAGGAAAAAGCACUUAAACGAAGAGAGGCCCUAGAGAGGGCAAAAAGAAAUGGUAGCAUUGUCUCAAUGAACUUGAAAGAGGCAUUUGCUCGAAGUGCAGAACUGAUGGAUGUGGUGGUAGAGAAAAGUGAGAGGCCUCACGACAACCAUCUUUCUCCAAGCCGUUGGAAAUGGACCCCCAAGAGAGCUGCAUCAGAGACCAGCUCAAACCGUUCCUUCAACGCCCAGGAUUUAACCUCUCCCAACAAGGCCCGAACCACCAGUCCCCAGAGGCUAAAUGUCCAGAAGCUCGAGGAGAUGUACAACCAGAUGGCCAAGACACAAUCCCAGCCUAACCUCAAUGCUAAAGAUAGGGGCUCCAGAGUUGGCAAACAGAGGGAUGAGAUAGAGCUGGGAGCUAUCCAAGAUCAUGGGCCACCAGUGCUAGGAACCAGAGAAGGAGUCGGGGACAUGAAAAGCUUGUCCAGCAUUGACAGCUACAUCAGUUGCGCUACAGACUUCCAGGAGAAUACACGCUUCCCCCAUAGUCCAGCAGUUGACCUUGGUCUUCAGGAAAGCAACCGGUACUCCCACAGUCCAGCUACAGCUUUGUCCCAGCACAGCAGUACAAAAACAGGCCAGCAAACCAUUGGGGAGCAUGAGCCCAUGCUGACUCCUGUGUCUAUCACAAAGCCCUCAUGCUCAGAGAAUGCACGGAGAUUCUUCUUUUCUGGCAACUCCUCAAAAAGCCUUAUCAACAAGGGAGGCUGUCGCAGUGAGGGGGAGUCAGGCCCGUCCCCACUCUCAGACAGCUCAGUCCUGUCAGACCGCUCUCUGUUAAGCCCUGAAGCUUCUGUCUACACCACUGCCAGCAGCAGAACCCCACCCAAGUCCCCAGAUAGCAGCACCCAACUGGCCCCAACUGUCUUCACCUUCCACGACUCCUCCAUCAGCAAAUACAUUGAUGCUGACACAGAUGACGAUGAGCACCUCCGCGACAUCUCUGACACCAGUCCUUCAGAGCGUCUUUUGGCUGGUUCAAGCCCAAAACGCAGCAUCAACAUCAAUUACCAGAAAGGCGCCAACCAUUUAGAAGCAGCCCAAAAAAUGCUGGGACAGAACUGUCUGUUCCCCAUUGAAGGGAUUCGUGGGGUAGCUCAUGAGAAUCACGUAGGACCUGAGAUGGCACGGAGACCAAAGGUUGAGAGGAUGCGUCAAAAUACUUUGGAUAAAAACCUUUGAGGUCCAAGUGCAACAGAAAUAAACAGAGAGCUGGAGCCAGAGUGUUUUUGGAUGGAGACACCAGACAGACUAAAAACACUCUGUAUUCCAGAGAUGAAGGAGGAGGGAGAGACAAAGGGUCUCUGCGAAAAUUUCACAAAUUACCUGAGCAUGCCGUCAGGCACCAAGCUCAGGGUCAACAUGUGUGGUGAAUACUCUGGGAGAAAAACACUUUUAAAUUGGAGAAUGUCACUGCCCCUGCUUCAACUCAUUCCUAUUAGUGGUAUAACACAAACAAAAGAGCACUCCCAGGUAGCCAACGGGUCUGUUCAGAGAUCCCUGUGGAGGCAGAGACGUAAGAGAAGUUCAAAUGUGAUUAUAAAUGGUGUAACCAAACUGAAUGAUGGUUUUAGCAUCAGGGGGAUAUCUCUAGUAUAAAAAAAAUCCCAGCUGCCCACUAUCCCACCACUGAGUUCCAGUUCAUUUUGUAGUCUUGGAGAUACAGGAGAGGACCUAGAAGCCUAUAAGCUACUUACUUGUGCCCUCCAUUCCCAAAACUGGCCUUAGUCAUUUACAUUUGUAGGGGUGUGCAUGUCUGACUAUAUUGUAAGUGUGUGUGUGCAUGUGUGUGAGUGAGCGUGAAUGUUGAUGGGUGGUCUGAUGGUAAUUCAUGUACACACACUCUUGAGAUUGUCUUACCUGAUUUAUUUUUAUAUAGAUAAGAGAAAGUUCCUUAUAGAAAUAUGUGAUUUGCUAGUCUGCUCUGUCAUAAUCAUAUGUGAAGAGUAAUCCUGUAUAAGGUUCAAUGUCUUGGCACAGAGGCUGCGGUUAUCGGAGGCUCCAGCCCAUCAUCCAUUAUUAUGAGCGCUCUUUCUUGGGCAGUAUUUUGCUAUCCCCUAUGUUAUCAUGUCAUGGUGCGAAUGGAUGAUACUUUCAAAUCUUGAGCAGUGAAUAUUGUCUUAGCACCUCAGUAUCAUUUCUAAAGGAUGUUAGUGGUAGUGGACCAAGACUUUUUGAUAUGGGCUAUCAUAAGAGCCAGAAAUAAUAAGCUUGAAUGCUGCAUAAAGCGCACAUUUAUGAAGCAUGCAUGCACCCAAUCAGUCAACAUAUAAAAACAUGAGAUGCUUUUAGAAAUGAAAUAUAUAAAAAUCCUCUAAUAUAGUUUUUUUUUUUAAUGUUUACAGCAUAUCAUCACUGACAUAAAGUUUAGACUUCAGUAACAGUUGUUCAGCAUGCAUUGGCCUUCUUUUGAACAGCCCCUGGGGCGUCAAAUACAGCAGCUUGGUCAGUUGCCAUUGGUGUCUGAUUUUGAUGCACAAGGAACCCCUUUAGCAUCUGUAUGAGAUGCACCAGGCUUCCAGCUAACUCCAAUG